CAAAUACGCUGAUCUCUUGCCGAUAUAUCCUAAGCUACGUCGGUUUCUUAGGAUUGACUUGUACUUUCAUGAAUAGGGUCAACAUUAGUGUGGCCAUGACAGCGAUGGCUAAUAGUUCUUACAGUACUUCCUAUGAUGUCUUCAACUCGACUGAACUAUGCCCUGCUAGGUCGGACCAUGAUUACCAAGAAAACAUUAGGACAGGAGAGUUUCCAUGGGACGCACAUACACAGGAGCAGAUCUUAGCCGCGAUAUAUUAUGGCUUUCCAGUUCUGCAGGUACCUGCUGGUGUAUUAGCUGAUAAAUAUCCUGGAUCGUGCUACUGGGUGAUUGGUCUUGGGUAUCUAGGAUCGGCUAUAUUUCAACUGUUUAUCCCUUUAGCAGCUUAUAAUGGAGGAGCUCCGGUCAUCAUAACACUGAGAAUCCUUGCCGGUCUUUCCGAGAGUGGAACGUAUCCCUGUCUAUAUUCUAUGAUGUCCCGCUGGGCUCCCCCGGCAGAUAGAAGCAAGCUACUCGCUAUCAUCUUUGCGGGUUCAUCAGUCGGCCAAAUCAUUGCUCAACCAAUCUCGGGUAUUCUCUCUGAUUCCGACAUCCUUGGUGGUUGGCAGUUCACCUUUUAUCUUUUUGGUUCCAUAGCAGUGCUGUGGUGUUUCUUAUGGUUUGCUGUGGUCCAUUCCUCGCCCAUGACACACCCUAGAAUAUCAGACGAAGAGAAGGAUUACAUCAUAUCUGAACUCGGACUUGAAGAUAAGCCACCAAAGAAAUAUCCAUGGAAACGUUUCAUUACGUCACUUCCUUUGUUGGCUGUGAUUUGUGCAGACUUCGCUCUUAUGUGGGUCCUCUACUCACUGACAUCAAACCUGCCUAUAUUCUUAAAAGAAGCUCUCCGAUUUGACAUUUCCCAGGCAGGAUUUUUGUCAUCAGUGCCACAUAUCGUCUUCUUUAUCUUCAUCAUUGGUGGGGGAAUUUUCGCAGACUUCCUUCUCACACACACCAACUUCAGCUUGACCACCGUAAGGAAAUUCAUGACAACAUUGGGUAUUUUACCAUCGGGCAUCUUCCUCGUCCUGGCGGGCUAUGUAGGAUGUAAUGCAACUCUCGCCAUCACAUUCAUCUCACUGGGGCUAGCCUGUACUGGUCUAGCUUACUCUGGAUCGAGUCUCACUAUGAUGGAGUUUGCCACGCCCUAUGCAGGAAUGGUUGUUGCUAUAUCCAACUCUAUUGCAACAUUCACUGGUUUUAUUUCACCGGCGGUUGUUGCGGUCUACACAGAAAACCAGGCCGAUAUAGCAGGAUGGAGGUCAUUUUUCUGGGUGACAUUUUACAUUGCUGUUGCGGCAUGGUUUCUCUUCAUGAUCUUCGGGACUUCAGAGCUGCAAUCAUGGGCGAAAUGUGAUGAAGCAAAGAAACUCAACAGUGAUCACCAAGAGACCAAGUAUGGAGGAAUAGUUGAUACUGAGAUAGCUUGUAACACCGACAGGAAUGUGUUGCUACCGUGACCCUCUGACUACACCUGAAUGAUUUUCUGAAUAACAAAUAUUUUGAUCAUAAGUUAUUUGACAGAGAAGGCGAAUUGAAACUCGUGUCUGUAGUAGUUUUAUAUACACUCUAAAAAACAGAGUAAAAAUAUACCCAACAUUUGGUAAAAAGGGAAUAUGCAUGUUUGCUGGGUAAAUGUUUCCCCAAAAUAUCGGGUAAAAUGCAUGUUUGUAGGGUAAAAUUUGACGCAACAUUGCGUAAAAUUUACAAAAAAUUGGUAUCUUGUUACCCCCCCCCCCGAAAAAACACACGCAUGUUCCCAUUCACCCAAUAUUGGGUAGACUUUUUUUCAAAGAGUGUAUGCUGGUAUAAUAAUUAUGAACUCCUAUAUAAAGACCGGUACUUAUUUAAAUGUUUUCGAAAUGGAUAAGAGCAGAGUUCAUUUAUAUUUACCAAACAGGAAUCAUGUCAAUUAUUUAAAUUGAAUGUCCAAUGGCUUUUUCAGAUUGUUUUGUGUAUGAAAAGAAAAGCGUGAAAAUCACUCUGAACAGUAUUAAAGUUAAAGCAAUUACAAACUGGAUUGUCUUUCUUUCCAGUUUGCGUAAUGACGAAACUUGUCAGCAAUAUUUCUGCAUAUAACCCCCCCCCCCUACACUCUUAAAAUAUUGGGUAACAUUCUGUCCAAACAACAGUUGUUCACAAAAAUUAUCUAACUCUGGGUGGUUUUCAACCAAUAAGUUUUCACCCAAAGCACACAUUAUUGGUCUAAAACUCCCUGAAUAUGAUAAAGUUUUAACCAUUAUUGUUGUGUGGACAGUAUGUUGUCUAAGAUUUUUAAGAGUGUCAAAAUUACACAAUUUUCACUACAGAAAGUAUAUUUUAAAUAAGAAGGUCAAUUAUGGUAU